CCUGCCCGGCGGCGUCGCCCUGGCAACCGGGAGCCUGCUGCACGCGCCCAGCUGCAGCCCCAGCCUCGGCCGGGAGCGUCGGGCGCCGCCAGCCCCGCGCGGCGGGAGGGAGGAGGCGGCGGCGGCGGCGACGGCGGAAGAAGAGGAGGAGGAGGAGGAGGCGGCGGCGCUCCUGCGCACCUGGCCGCGGCUCCGGGCGGGGGAUGGAGGCAGGCGCUGCGGCCGCGUCGCGGGGCCCGCGGCGGCUGGCUGGGCGCUGGGCUCGGGGGGGCCCGCGCCGCCCCUGACAUGCGGCGCCCCGCGCUCUGCCGCCCACCUGCCGGGCCCGCCCCGCUCUGCUCGCCCGCCCCGCCGCCUCGCCCGCCGGCCCGGGGGCCCGCGCCGGAGCCAGCCGCCGCGCCUCAACGCGCUCGGCACGAUGUGGAUCCCACUCCUGGCUUUCCUGGCGGCCGCGCUCGUCUCGCUGCAGCGCUGCCCGCGCGGCCCCGGUCCCGGCCACAGGCUGGCGGCGGCGGCCCGGGUGCUGGCGGCGGCGCCGGGCUGGUGCCAGCGCGUGGAAAAUAAAUGUGCCACCUCAAAUGCAGGAACAUGUACAAAGUGCCUUGCUGUAGAUCCAGAAUGUGGAUGGUGUACUCAAGAGGAUUUCAUGGGAGAAGCAACACAAAGUAGACGGUGUGACACUGUCUUCAAUUUAAUAAAAAAAGGAUGCCAAUCAGAUUUCAUCGAAAAUCCCAUGAAUAGUAUAACAACAUCCAGUGACCAUGAAGCAAAUAUGCAAGUGACACCAGGAAAAGUUUCUAUUCACCUGCGGCCAGGAGGAAAAACAAGCUUCAUGUUAAAGAUUCGCCCUCUAGAGAAAUAUCCUGUGGACCUUUAUUAUUUAGUUGAUGUCUCAGCUUCUAUGCAUAACAAUAUAGAAAAAUUAAACUCAGUUGGAUUUGAUUUAUCUAAAAAGAUGGCGAACAUUUCCCUGGACUUUCGACUUGGAUUUGGAUCGUAUGUUGAUAAAACUGUGUCACCCUAUAUUAGCACUCACCCAGGUAGAAUCCAUAAUCAGUGCAGUGAUUAUAAUUUAGAUUGCAUGCCUCCUCAUGGUUACAUUCAUGUCUUGUCCCUGACUGACAAUAUAGCAGACUUCAAAAAUGCAGUUAAUAAACAAAAAAUUUCAGGGAAUAUUGAUACACCUGAAGGGGGUUUUGAUGCCAUGCUCCAGGCAGCUGUGUGCCAGAGCCAUAUUGGUUGGCGCAAGGAAGCAAAGCGACUACUUCUUGUGAUGACAGAUCAAACCUCACAUCUGGCCCUGGAUAGUAAACUGGGAGGGAUAGUAAUUCCUAAUGAUGGGAAUUGCCAUCUGAAAGAUAAUAUUUACAUCAAAGCUACAAGUAUGGAGCAUCCAUCUCUUGGACAACUUUCUGAAAAACUGAUAGACAAUAACAUUAAUGUUAUCUUUGCAGUUCAAGGACACCAGUUUGAUUGGUAUAAGGAUCUUUUGCCUCUGUUGCCUGGUACUGUUGCAAAACAGAUAGAAUCACAAGCAGCUAAUCUAAAUGAUUUGGUGAUUGAAGCUUAUCGGAAACUGAUCUCUGAAGUGAAAAUCCAGGUGGAUAACCAGCUCAAAGAUCUGUAUUUCAACAUUACAGCAAUCUGUCCUGAUGGAAGUAGGAAUACAGGCAUGGAAGGGUGCAAAAACGUGAGAUAUGAUGAAGAAGUGCUUUUCAAUGUAUCCAUUGCAAUGAAAGGAUGCACUACAACUGGAGGACAAAAGUAUGCAGUACUCAAGCCUAUUGGUUUCAAUGAAACCACCAUAAUUAAUAUAUAUAGAAAUUGUGCCUGUCAGUGUGAGGACAGUGCAAGGCACAAAAAAAUAUGUGCUGAUGAAACUUUUCUUGAUGGGGAAAAGCCCCAUUGCAAAGCCACUAACUGCAGUUCUAAUAAAGAUACAACUUUUGAAAAGUGCAAGAUGCACCAAGACCAGCCUGUUUGCAGUGGUCAAGGAGAUUGUAUAGGUGGGAAAUGUUUCUGUCACAAAAGCAAGCUGGGCAAAGUGUAUGGCAAAUACUGUGAAAUGGAUAAUUUCUCUUGCCCAUAUCACCAUGGAAUUUUGUGUGCCGGUAAUGGUGAAUGUGAAGCUGGUAAAUGUAAAUGCUUCAAUGGCUGGGAAGGUGAACACUGUCAGUGUUCAUCAUCAGCAAAACACUGCAUAAAUUCAAAGGGUCAGAUUUGCAGUGGAAGAGGACAUUGUGUGUGUGGAAAAUGCGAGUGCACUGAUCCAAGAAGUUUUGGCCGCUUGUGUGAAUAUUGCCCAAACUGUAAUAAUGCCUGUGAUGAAAACUGGAGUUGUGUUCAUUGCCAUCAUUCCAACAAUGUAUCUCAAAUUAUACUUGACCAGUGCAAAACCUCAUGCACUUAUAUGAUGCAGUAUAGUGACAAAACUUCAGAAUGUUUCUCUGACCCAAACUACUUUAGAAUCUUUAUCAUAAUCUUAAUAGUAACAUUUCUGAUUGGGUUGCUUAAUGUACUUAUCAUCAGGCAGAUAAUCCUACAAUGGAAUAACAAUAAAAUUAAGUCCCCAGCUGAUUACAGAGUAUCUUCAACAAAGAAGGAUAAGAUGUUUUUGCCUACUGUUUGUACAAGAACAGUAACAUACAGACGUGACAAACCAGAAGAUAUAAAUAUCGACAUCAGCAAGUUACGAUUAAAUGAAUCUGUCAAGUGUGAAUUCUGAAGACUGUUUUCUGCAAAUCUGUUUCCUACAUUUACACUUUGAAAAAAGUUAUCUUUUUACUUUGUAAGAGUCUUUACUGACUGUUUUGUGUCAUGGACUUUGUUGAAUACUGUAAGUGACAUGUAAGCAUAUUCACGUAACGUGACUAUGUUUGAAGUUAUAGCUGCUGUAUUUUUGAAAGAGAAAUGUGCAUUACUACUGUUUCAGACCAUUAGUAUUGGUGUAGCACUUUAAUGUAACCUAAUUUAUUUAGUUAUGGCAUAGAAUGUAGAUAUGAACAGGUGUUUGACAAAGCACUGAUCUCACUUUACAUGUAGCUGUACUGAUGUGCUCUGGGAUGGGUAAAACUGUGACACGUUGCUGUACAUUGCAGCAGAGUAGGUGGAAAUAUGGGAGUACUUGUACACAGAGCAAGUAUAGUUGUUUUUAUUAUUCUUAUUUCAGAGUUAAUACCAGUUCCAAUGAUCUUGUACUCUUUUGGCAUCCCGAUUUUCUCUUAGUUCCUUUAACAAAAAAAAAGACUGGAUUAAAUGAGUGCUUAGUUACUACUGGUAUUUUUUAAAAAUCUACACAUUCUUAUGUCAUUUAAACAAGGUUUAUUCCUUAUACAUGAAGUGAAUAUAUUUCAGUAUUUACAUUGGAACAAACAGAAACCUUUUUUACAUAUAUUAAGAUCAACAAAAACUAUGUCAGUACAAAAAUAUAGGAUAUUUUUUGUUCUUUUUACUGCCUUGCCUGCUUUUUAACAAUUAAACACUCCAGUUAAAUUCAGCUCUGAGCUUAGCAAGAGCAGCUCCAUUGAAGUCUGAGUUACACCAGAGCUGCAUUUAGUCUCGUAGCCCUGUCAGUAUUUGGUAAAGUAAUGGCUCUUGAGUCAUUACUUUGCUAAACACUGACAGGGCUAGGCAGCCAAAUGCAGCUCUGGUGUAACUCAGACUUCAGCAGAGCUUCUCUUGUUCUGUCGGGGGCAUCUACACAUGUACUUUACUGCGGAGUUAACUAAUUAGCUCCACAGUAAAGUGUCACCAUCUGCACAUGCGACACUAUUAGGCUGGAGUAAACUAAUUAAAUCCUCUGUAGGAUAGUACUGCCCAACACAAGUAUUAUCCUACGAUGGAGUUGUUUACUUUGCCACAACAAGAAUCUAGAUGAUGACCAGGACUGGCUAGGACAUGAGUACUACAGUGCUAGGGCUGCCUGCUGGCUACCCCUACUGGAACACCCUCAUGCCCCAGCCAGCCCUUCUGCAGCAUGUUGAGCCAGAGCAGAGCAGCUCUGAGCUGGCAGGCUGACCCCUGAGGCCCGCUGCCACCUAGGGCUAUGCUGCCCUGGCUCGACAUGCUGCAGUCCCAGGUGCACGUGUAAACCCUGGGCCCAGGAGCAAUAAAUUCUGGUGUGAACUGCACUGAAGUUUAUUCAGGUGCAUUGAUUGCAUGUGUAGAUGCGCCCUUUAUCAGUUUGUUUUUCUACACCUGCUACUUUUUUGUGUAAAUUCAUAGAACUAGCUGGCAUGAAUCCCUCGUUUAACCACCCAUGUUUUUCUGAUGGGCAGUAGAAGAAAUAUGUGGUGUGUAAUGGGACGAUAUCAGUAUCUUGGGGGGCAAAGGGGGUGGAGUAAACAGUAAUGAAAAAAGGGAGGAUAGUUUCCAAGAGAGUAAGUUAGCUGAAUUCACUGAUGCUAGAUAACGUUUAUCCUUUGAAAAUUAGCAAUUAUUUUUUUUUUACAUUUAGUGGGAUCAGUGUGGGUGCAUAUGAGAGCAGAAUUUGCAUCACAGAAUAAGUUGUGCUUAGGCCCUAACCUUAAAACCAACUGUAAUGUCUUAUUGAGAUGUGCUGUAUGAAAUGCAUAGCCAGCAGAGUCUGGCAUAUUUUAUGUUGCCAUAGAAGUAAGGAAUUCUGGUAAUCCUUUUGAAAUAAGUAAUGAAACCUCACUGGGAACAAAAGUCCCCUCAGAUAACAGCAUACAGUUGCACAUGGUGUCUGUUCUGAGCACAAUACUUGUCUAUGCCUAUUAUAGAGGAAAGAAUAGAAAUGAGGGGGCAUGUUAUCUACAGAUGGAAUAGAAUAGAUGUCUUGCUUGACAUUUUUGAUAGCUUUCAAAGGAAUAAAAAACCCCCAAACAAACAGGUCCCAGUUCUGUGUACAAGCUAUUCUAGGUGAAAUCCAUGAGAAUGUGCAUGUAGGAGGAGUGCAGGAUUUGGAGUAGAUCAGCAUAAUGGCAAGUGUUUCAUAGAGAGAAUUGACUAAUUCAUAAAUUUAAAUCAGGGUUGGGAGGGGGGAUAAUCUAAAAAGACAAUUGCUGUGACUUACCGUUAACAUUUAUCUACGAGCUCUAGGUUUCAAUAAUGGAAACUGGAUACUCCUCCUUAGAGAGCCACCAUUAAAUAUGUCAGUGGCACUCUUCCUAGUGGUAUCAGCUUCAUAUCAGACAGAUUCAAAAGCUUCUCACAAGAAAAUGGAAUCUCUUACAACACUUUUAUUUCUGGUGUUACAGUGAUAACCUGAUUUUUUUCGUUAGUUAGAUAUUACUGAAAAACACUCCAUGAUGACUCGAUCACAUCUUAAAAUUUAUGCAAUUGUAAUGAUUUUCCUUUAUGAUGCACAGUGUGGGUCUUGGUCCUUUUUCAGUGGAAGUUAAUGGACUAUUCAGUACUGACUUCAUUGGGAACAGGAUAAAUACUAGGGCUGUGUGAAGCUUUGAGUGCUGAUUUGAUUUGGAGGAGAUUCGGCCCAAUUCGGUGGCCGAAGCUUUGAAUCGAGUUGGGAGACCAAUAAAAAGGUCUGAACCAAUUUGAAGCCUCUGAAUCAAUUUGGAAAAGAUUCAGAGAAAGUUUUGGCAAUUCGGACAGCCCCCACUCAUCGCUGCAGGGAGCUGAAACCGGGCUCUGUGCCGGUAAGUAGGGGGUGGGCAGGGCAGCCAUUGAUGGGGCUAGGAGAGCAGAUGGGGGACGGGGCCUGUUUGAUUUGGAAAUUCAGCCGAUUUGGCGGCGGCUGAAUCUCCAAGUCAGAUUUGGCCGAAUCAAUUCGGGACAGUGAUUUGAAUCACCAGAUCAAAUCACUGUCCCCCAAAUCAUCCAAAUCCGAAACGAAUACUAGCUGCUUUGCACAGUCCUAAUAAAUACCUAUGAGAAACAGACAUACUGAAUAUUCUCUUUACCAGGGUUUUUUAUUUUUUAAAAGGAGAUGGCAACAGUAUACAAUCCAUUUAAUGGAGCCAAAAAACUUUAUUCAUUUAAGAACCUUUGUAUGUUUCACAAAACAUGCAACAUUUUUCUUAAAUAAUAACUUACAAGGCAUAGGGGUUUUUUUUACCUAAUUCUUCUCUGAACAAAUAAUUCAUUUUACAAAAUAGUUCUUAGAAAUUAGAGUACUUAAUAUCAUUGGUUUGGUUUCAAAUAAUGUUUUCUCUUCAGUAUUAAUGGAAAUCAAAUUAGGGAAAUUAAGGCUUUGUACAGAGGAGACAAGCAGCUGCAUAACAUCUUACCUUCCGAAACCAUGGCACAUCUGCUGCUUUCCUUCUGUAGUACAUUGUUGGAAGUCCAGAUCUUUUCAAAGGAGACCUGGUUGGCAUGUUGCAGUCAGAACACUUACUCAGUGCAUCACAGUUCCCUCACAACAGUGAAGAGAGCUUAAAUGCAGAUUGCAUUAUAAGCAACUGCUCUACUGAGUAGUAGUAAAUCUUCCUUCUACUUCCCUUCCCUGGUUUUAUUGUACCAUAAAGGAUGAGUGGGUUAUUGGCAAAGAAUCAGUUGCUAACCACACAGCAGGCCAAGAGCUAAACUUCAGCUAAAUGACAAGACAUGAGGUCAUUCAGCUAGAAUAAGGUCUUUUCCGCAGAGCUUUGUUCCUCCAAAUGGGUACUGUUUAUAUAAAUCAGGGCCUUGCCUGCUAGCUGUUCCUUGGAACUAGUGGCUGAGCUAUUCAGAAGGGCUCCUGCAGGAAAGAAAUAGCCCAACGAAAUCUGUACUAUUUGGGUAUUCUGUGCUCUACUUGCACGUGCCCUUCUUAAAUCAGAAAGCACUUAGCCCACAAUUUACAAGGAACUUGUUGAGCUCUUACAGUACAGUGCCUGUGCAGUUACUCUGUGAGGUUGUGCAAACAACUUGGUUUCUGCAGAGUUUGUUACUAUUCCUUCUUUCUGUAUUGUGCCUUAAAGGAGUUCACUGUAAAAAAAAAAAAAAGACUUGAUCUCUAAAUAAGUCAUUCUAGAUUUAUUAGAGAGAACUUUCUGGGAAAUGAUGCAAAAGUAAACCACACAGCUUUAAAAUACACAACAUUAAACACACACGCAGAAGAUGCCACUUUUGUAUUGUUACCUGAUCAUUAAGACAGUGAUUUUUUUUUCAUUUUGCCACCCCCCCCUUCUCCAAGAGCACAGUAUUUAUAUGAGUAAUCACUAAAAAAAAUGUUAAGCUGCAGUUAAAAACCCCCUUGAAUGGAUUACUGUAAACUGAAUCCUUAAAUGUAAGGAGAAUUGGGUUUAUUCAUCUUUAACUACUUGUUUGUAUACAUUUCUGAAAUGGCGGAUGUUUAUGCAUUGGCGAAAUGUACAAAUUUUACUUCAAUUUUUUUAAGGACACACAAGCUGAGUCACUGUAAUACUCUUGAUUAUUUCCAAGUGCUAAGAGCACAUUAACAGCACCAUCGUAAAUGAGUGUGGGAAAAUAGUUUUUUCAUCCAGAAAAUGUGCACAUGGUAUGUGUGGAAUUUUUAUUGUGCCUUAUUGAAAUUCCCUUUUGUUUGCAAGUUGUGUUUAUAAAGGAAGGGCAUUUGCAUGACUUAUUUUUUUUCUCCUGUGAUGAUAUGAAUCCCCUAUGUAAAAUGUCUUGAAAUGCAUUGGAAGAAAUGAUUUUCUGUAUGUAAUAUAUGAUUGUUUUUUUUCAAAUCACAUAGAAGAAUCUGUUCUUCUUGAUAGGUGUAUGUGAUUGUGAAUGUGUUGCUACCUGUAGGAGUGAAUCUGAAACUUUACAGUGUAUCCCACCUGACCACUUAUGGUGCCAGGAAAUGCCCUACUGAGAUGUAUUAUGCCCUGCUCCACAUUUCCCAAUCCCCACUCCCCCAAACUAGAAGUAGUGCAACCACCUUAAUGUAGUGCUAUGUGUGGGCUAAAUGGUUCUACUGAGAGGUUGUGUUGGCCCCAGUAGGCCUCAGACUCCAGUAGGAUUUCAUGGGACCUUGAGUAAUAUAAGGCUUAACUGGAAAAGUGCACAUCUGACUGAUACAUCAGUGCUGAAGGAAACAUAGGCUGUCCUGCCUAAUUAGAAAUUAAAUUCAUCUAUAAUGUUCAUGCCUGGAGUUUUAAACAGCAGAAUAAGAUUUACAUAAUAAGCCAUGAUGAAGCAGUAGUUAGGAGGAAUGCUACUGUUUUAACAUAGCCCUGCAUUUGUUCGAUGCACAGGCCUCUGAUGGAAGUUAAAACAAUUCAGAGUACAGAUGGUAAGAAGAAGCUAAAAUGUUCCUAGUAUGAAUAAUUUGUAUAGAGGAGACCAAAUCAAAGGAUGCUGUAGACUGUGGAAGUCCAUUCAGAACUAGAGCCAGUAGAGUUUGACUUUCUUCAAAAUGCUUCUUUCUGAAAGUACCGGUAUAUAUAAACAAACAAACAAACAAACAAACAAACCCCAAGUUGUUCAUCUUUUAAGAAUGUCUUUUCAGCAGCUUUUCCUCUUUGAUUUUCUUUGUAUGUUCUUGAAACAAGGUACCUGCUCAGGAUCCACAAAUUUGAAUAAAAUGUCUGGUUUUUGUUAUAAGCCAAUAUCUGUGUGGGAAUCCUAAGGCUAUUUGAGUGAAUGGAAGUUUCUAAUUUCACUCUGGUACCUCUUUUAUCCCCAUUAAGGGACAUUUAUUGUUAGCCACAUUCACUGUGCUAAGGUCUAUUUCACAUUUACCUACAACUGCUUUAAAAAAAAUGAAGCUACUUAAGUCUCUUAUUUAGCUAUGGUAUGACAGGAUUAUUAAUAAUAUAACACAUUUUGUUUUGUAUUUAACAUAUACUGCCUUUGUGGAGGAAAAUUAACUGACAUUUUUUAGAUUAAAACAUUUUGACACAGAAAUUUUUAGGAAAGGAAAUAGUUUUUAAAUAAUUUGUAACUUUUAUUGUUCAUUCCUGCUUUAAACAAUACUUUAAAAUAAAUCACUACUUUAGUUUGUCUGGAAAUAGACUGGAUUUUUUAUUAUUUAAGAUAAUAUAGAUAGUAGGUAGCUGUUUUGUUAAUUGUUUUUGUCAAUGUUUUGUUAAUUUCAGUUGACUACUAACUUCUAUUUUGAUAUUUAUUAAUAAAUUGACACUGUAGCAUACUGAGAUGUUUAUUUUUCUAUCAGAGCUGUAACAAUAUGACAUAGCAUUAUUUUAAUGCAACAUUAUUGUAUUUGCUCUCUAAAAAAUAAAACCAGUGUUUAAUGCA